AUGUCACCCAAGAAAGUAGCAAUAAUCGGCGCCGGCCCCUCAGGCCUAGUCACAGCCAAAACCCUUCUUCAUAAUUUCCCGCGCGGGACAUUCUCUCCAAUCAUCUUUGACAGCCAAAACAAAGUCGGAGGUCUGUGGUCAAGUCACCAUCAUUCUCCCAAUCGAGUCCAUCGCCCGGUCACACUAGACCCUCGGAUGCGGACCAACCUCAGCCGCUUCACGGUUGCUUUUUCGGAUCUUGCCUGGGAGUCGGUGAUUCGCGACGCGGAUGUUCCAGUUUUUCCUCAGGCGAGACAAGUUGGAGAAUACUUGGCCUGCUAUGCAGAGCGGUACAUUCCAACCCAUGUGCUUAGGCUAGGGUGUAGAGUGGUAAGAACUAUACGGAAGGUCGAGGAUGGCGGUAAUGCAAAGUGGAAUAUCCAGUGGGUUCAGGAGAGUGCGGAGAAAGCGCAGCCGGAAUAUGGAUCACUGGACGAUCGAGUGUCUUCACAAGAUUUCGACCUGAUUGUCAUCGCGUCCGGAUACUUUGCCCAGCAGUAUAUUCCAGAGAUACCAGGUCUAAAGCAAUUCCAAGGCCAAAUCAUCCACAGCUCUUCGCUCCAUUAUGAACGAGAGCGGCUGCUUUUUAAUGAAACCAAGGAUGUGAAUGGCCAGAUCGUCGUCAUUGGCGGCAGCAUGUCAGGCGUUGAAGCCGCAUCUGCUGUGGCUCUCCGCCAAUCCUCAUCUACACUUUCCACGAACAGAAUCCCACAUAUCCAGGAGACAAAAGUCCAUCAUAUACAUUCAAGACCCUUCUGGACCUUGCCGACCUAUCUCCCCCACGAGUCGCCCGACGGGAGUCCAUCAUUUUUACCCUUGGAUUUAGCCAUGUACGACCUAGGCCGCCGACCCCCGGGUCCAAUAGACUACGCCUUGGGUCCCAUCCCAGAAGAGAAAGCAGUUAAAACAAACAGUUACUUCCACUCCUUGCUCGGGAGUGACUACGAGAAAUACGGGCAUAUGGACGCACCACAUGGUGCCGAACAAUCCAGAACCCAGCCACCAUGGGUCGCCAUAGGCAAUGAUCACGCCGAGUUCGUACGAUGCGGAGCGAUUCAAGCCUCGAUGGGCCGGGUGACUUCUGUGCAUUCUGAUCCAGAUACUAAAAGAGCUUCAGUUCAGUACGAAGGGGCCGACGGGAAUACCAAGACGAUAGACAAUGUGGCGGUGAUAGUCAUGGCCACUGGAUUCACGCCGUACAAGUCCCUGUCAUUGCUACCAGAUGAAGUAUUGGCGACGCUUGAAUACUCCGCGACAGAUCCCUUCUCGCCGUUGAUUCUCGACAAGGGAGGUACAAUCCGCUCGGAAAUCCCCGAUGUCGGAUUCGUCGGAUUCUACCGCGGCCCGUACUGGGGUGUCAUGGAGAUGCAAGCGAGGUUCCUUGGGAAACUAUGGAGUGGAGAGAAAAGCGGUGCGCUAUGUGAGACAGAUGACCAGAAGCAAAGUCUUCGCAGUCUCAGAUUGGCACACCGGGAUCUCGCCCGUGGCCAGUUCCCCAUGGGCGACUAUGUCGGACUGAUGGAGUCGUUCGCCAAGGAUCUAGGUAUUAGUCGCUCGACGCUGGAAUCAGUGGAUGGUCGGUCUGGACCUGCUGUUCCUGCGAGGUACCUUUACGGCGAUACCCCAACGCCAGGUAUAGAGAGUGAGCCAGGGAGGACAUUAGGUGCUUUGGACGAUGCUCUUACCCCUGGCCACGAGACAGCACAGAAGGCCGCGGCGUCGGCGAUCUUUCGGGCUCUGCAUGGGACUUGGAAGUGUUCUGCGCAGACAGCAGGUGCUACUGACAGUGAGACGUCCUCUGGGACUUUAACCUUUUACCCGCGGUAUCCGACUAGCACGGCGUAUGAUAGGGAGUAUGUCUGUGUGGAGACCGGACGGGAACAGCCUGCACGACACAAAGUGUGGUUCAUGCGAUUGGCAGAAGUGGGAGAUAUUGCCACUUCCCGAAUUGGGUUAUGGUCGGGCUUGGCGGAUACGCUGUCAGCUGACCAACUUAUCCAGGUUUGGGAGUUGAUGCCUCUUCACCGGGAGAUGAAGGAGGAGUGUUCUCUUCCUGGGGAGUAUGCGAUAUCCGCCAAGAGCGUUGAUUCUGGUUCUGGAGUCGAAUAUUUGUAUACUUUCCAUUUCAAGGGGGUUUCUAUCUUGUCCUGGGAAUGCGUUGAGGACAAUUUGGAGGAUAAAGGCAUGACAAGCAAAGGGAAGAGGAAGUUGAUUUCCUAUUCAUACGUGAGAUAG